UAUUUUGCGUCAGUCCACGAGAGGUCAAAUCAAUCACACUCUCAUGCCACUCCGUAUUUGCGUUUGCAGGCACGAUUUUUUUUAAAUCUUUGACAGCAAAGACGCACACUUGUGCUACAGAGAGCAGGCAGCCACCCCGCUUGGGAUUUCUUCCUCUUCUUCUUGCUGCAUUCACCGCGUCAUGGUCUGUCCAGUCUUCGCACAGAAUCGUCGUCACAAAUUUAUUGCUAUCUUUCUCACCGUGUCAACGUUUAUUGAAAGCUCUGCGCUCAAGUGCUACUUCUGCUCGAUCAACGACCAAGCCUGUCUCGACCCAUUCACACCUGACAACUCGACAAUGCAGCAUGACUGUCCCUCCUGGGCUAACAUUUGCAUCAAAACGGUAGAGCGACGCACAAAGGAUGUUUCGCACCACGUUCUACGUGCCUGCUUUCGGGACAGCGUCGAGGGUCUCGAUGGAUGCACAUUGCUGCGGAUGGCAGCCCGCAGCGAGGGCAUGGACAUCAUCUCCUGCGAGACGUGCGACACCGACUUUUGCAACGGAUUUUCAUAGCAACAUAAUUAUAAAAGGAGGCACGGAAAAAAUAGCUUGCUUUAUGCUGAAGAUGCUGUAUUUAAUAUCUACUGGAAGUUGAGAUUUAAUUUCUACUGAAAUUAAAAAGAUAUUACGGUUUAGAUUGUUUUGGGUUUGGGGGCUGAAUACAACCAAACCUCUUCAUUUCAAUGUUGGUUUUCCCACAAAACGAUAUUUACUGAAGGAUGAUGUGUUGGUGGUGGUAUAUUUUGUAAAUUUGGAAAAAUAUUGCACCAAUAUUCCCAGAACGAGAUUUAGUUUUAGAAUAUUAUUUUCACGUCUCUGCUGGGCAACUGCUCCAUAAAUUGCCAUGUAAGACAGAAGAGAAAGCUCGUGGGAAAAAUUGUUCAUAGAAAAAAUACUUAGUAUCAUUAAUGAUGUUUUUUCAGAUUGUUAGUAUGUUUGAGUUCCGAACUGUAAGGAUGAGCCUUUUCAAUUAUUGCUACAAAGAUUGUAUAAAAAUUUUAAUGACUUGAAGGUGUUUUCACUUGGAGAGUAUUUCUGCUGGUUUUGAGCAGUAAUAAGCGGGUUUGUUCUCGUUUAAAAGUUGAGAUUUCCUCGGCACCCUUAUUUACUUCGCAGACACUUUAAAUUGCAGUUUUUAUAAAAAUGAAGAAUAUUGAUAAAA